CUAUAAUAAUUCUUAACCAGCUUGGGGGAGCCUAUAUUUGUUAUGGGGGAAUAAAUCAGAACUAGGUAUAAAGGCAAUACUUUGCUGAAGCACGAGGGCAACGACUUGAGAGAUUGGGAAUUAAAUAAAAUUAAGUGACGUGAAAAUAAGAACUUAUUCAAGUAUCUCCAGAACUUAAAAGAGCAAAGGCUUGCAUAAAAGUCUAAUCAAGUUUUUAAUUAACAUAUAUAUCUGUACAAUGAGUGAGUCACCAGUCGGCGAAAUAUGUAUACCCGGAAUGCGGCUAAGUCCUUCGCAGGGGUACUUAUGUGGCCAAGGCACAUAUGAGCUAAAAGGGUACAUUUAUGCUGCUCUGUGUGGUAUUCUGAAAGUGGAGGAAGAUAGCAACGCUAAGUUUACAAAACUCUCCAUUGAAACUUUUGUAACACCAACCAUACUUCCAAAGGCUGGUGAUAUAGUGACAGCCAAAGUGACUGUAGUAAACUCAAGGCAGGUCCACUGUGCAAUACUGUGUACAGGGCCGACAAUCUUGACGCAAUCUUAUAGAGGUAUUGUCAAGAAGGAGGAUAUACAGUUUAAGCAUAAGGACAGUAUAGAUCCAUACAAGUGUUUCCGACCUGGUGACAUUAUAUUGGCAAAGGUGCUUCCAUCUACAGAGCUCCAUUGGUACCACCUAUCAACAGAAGAUAAUGAGCUAGGUGUUGCUAUAGCAACUGCAGAAGGAUCUCCGCAAGGUGUGACCAUGAUACCCAUAAGUUGGUCAGAAAUGCAAUGCCCAAAAACAUUGGUAAAGGAACCAAGAAAAGUUGCGAAAUUGGUACCAGAAAAUAUUAAUGAUGCAUUACUUCCUAUGCAUGACACUAAUGGCGAAAACCUACUUCGGAGUACAUAAAUAAAAUUGACUAAAAUUAUUGA